UGUCCAGCUCUAACAUAUUUCGGAUUUGUUUUUAUUUAUUCCAGCAUUCAGCCAUAACAAUUCGAAAAUUUAUCUGAAAUGGAAAUGUCAGACGGCCAACCAUUCGAAAAGCGCAUCAAAACCGAACCAGAAAUUAUUCUAUCGGAGCCAGAUCAUCACCUAAUUUCAAACGUUUCAGAUUAUGAUCAUCUGGAGCUAACAACACAGGAGCGCAUAAUAUCUGUUAUUCGAGCGGAAAAUCAAGAACUAAGGGGAUCCCUUGAAGCGCUACAGAGAAAUGUAACAUUGCUCUCAGAAACAGUGGUCUCUCAGACGGAAUUAAUCAAGCAAUUAUUGAACCGACAGCAGAUCAAUAGUAUAUUACAAAUUAGCACUUUCAAUUUUCCCAUAAAAACAGAAGAAGAUCUGUUCUACAUAGACAAAGAUAUAACGUUGGUCUCCCAAGUCAAAUAUGUUAAUGAAAUGAAAAAUAUAUUUAGUCAAGCGCCGCUAUCGAAAUCAUUAAAAAAGGUUCUGGCCGUAGAACUAGUCCUGGACUUUAAUAUAGACGGGGUGCAAAAGAAGAAAAGUCUGCGAGCUUACAAACAAUUUUUCUCUGCCCUUAUGGAGGCCGUUCGGUUGACCGAUAGCACUCAGCCUGCGGAAAAGGCACUCCGAAAAGCCAUGCAUUGCGUUAAAAACAAUGCAUGCAAAAGAAAAGUAAGGGCAGAAAAAAACUACAUUAUCGAUUUGGAAUAAGGCAAGAAUUAUAAUAAAAAGAGUGAUAAUUAGAAAGUAAGGAAAUAAACGAGUUAUUUUAAAAUCUUAAACUCA